GACACCCUCCCGGUUCAAGUUCAACUACCUCGAACCGGUCUUCUUCCGCCACAAAGCGAAAUCUCUGCACAGUCGCAGAGAGAAUCCGCCAUUGAAAUGAAGGAAGGGAGAGGGAGAAAAGAACAAUGGCGGGGGGCGGCGCAAUCGGGGACGUAGUCAUGAAUCGGGGCCUCUCGCAGACCCCGACGUGGGCGGUUUCCCUGGUCUGCGCAGUCAUUGUUAUCAUUUCAAUCGCAUUGGAGAAAACACUCCACAAAGUGGGAGAGGCCUUUCGAGAAAAAAAGAAGUUUGCAUUGGUUGAAGCUCUCGAAAAAAUUAAAGGAGAGCUUAUGGUUUUGGGGUUCAUCUCCUUAAUCUUGACGUUCGGACAAAACUACAUUACCCGAAUGUGCAUUCCCGAAAAAUACGGCAAUGUAAUGCUGCCGUGCGAAUACGAGACGCCAAAACAGCUCGAGGAGGACGAAAAUGAACAUCGGAGGCGACUUCUGUGGUACGAACAUCGGAUGUUAGCAGCUGAUAGUCCGGCCAAGAAAUGCGCCAUUGGAACUGUCCCGCUUAUAUCGGUGAAUGGAUUGCAUCAGCUCCACAUCUUCAUAUUCUUCUUAGCCAUAUUUCAUGUCAUAUUCAGCGCAACAACGAUGUCGCUCGGCAGGAUGAAGAUUCGCGAAUGGAAAGCAUGGGAACAAGAAGUUCUAAACAAAGCUGCUGUCGAAGACAAUUCGACAUACAGAUUCGCGCGAGAGACAUCUUUCGUUAAAGGCCACAGCAGCUCGAUGACAGAGAAUCGUUUUCUGUUUUACAUCGUUUCCUUCUUCCGACAUAUGUUUUCGUCUGUCCGAAAAGCUGACUACUUAACCGUUCGAAAAGGAUUCAUCUCGGUCCAUUUGGCGCCGGGAAGCCAAUUCAACUUUCAGAAGUACAUUAAACGAUCUCUCGAAGACGACUUCAAAAGAGUCGUGGGAAUCCCGCCGCUGUUAUGGACAAACGCCGUUCUUUUUCUUCUUCUCAACGUUAAAGGAUGGCAAGCUAUGUUCUGGAUUUCCAUCAUGCCUCUCGUGACGAUUCUCGCGGUUGGGACGAAGCUUCAGUCGAUUAUAAGCAACAUGGCGGUCGAGAUUCAGCAGAAGCACGCCGUCGUUCAAGGAAUUCCUCUUGUCCAACUCUCCGACAACCAUUUCUGGUUCGGAUGGCCUCAGUUAGUCCUCCAUCUCAUCCAUCUCACCCAAUUUCAGAAUGCAUUCGAGAUAACAUACUUCAUUUGGAUAACGUACGAAUUCGGAGUCUAUUCUUGCUUCCAUAGCCACUUCGAUCUUGCAGUUAUACGAGUCUGCAUCGGAAUCGGAGUUCAGUUCAUGUGCAGCUAUAUUACCCUCCCGCUCUACGCACUCGUCACGCAGAUGGGAUCACACCUAAAGAAGUCUGUUUUCGAUGAACAUACCUCGAAGGCACUGAUGAACUGGCACAAGAAAGCGAAGAAAAAAAUGGGAGAGAGUCAGCAUGUAACCGUAGCGACCUCCGAAGAUUCUGUCCGAGGGGAAUAUUUGUCGACGGAAAAUGAAGCUUCCGGAAUGAUGACUCAGGAUACUCACAAGAGCCCGCGAGGCGACAUACCUUGAGGCGAUCGACGACUAGCCGAUAUAUAUAUGUGUGUGUGUGUUGUAGCACAUAAAACAGGGGCAAAGAGAAGAUUUAUAAGCUCAUUUUGAUCAAAUUUUGCAGAACAAGUUAUGAAAGGAAAUGUUUCUUGGCUUGAGGAAUGGAAGAUGUACAAGUUAGGAAUGAGAGAUCUUGGCAGGGAGUUAUAUGUAAACUUCAUUUCUAACUUUGGGGCUGAGUGAUAUUUUUAGAAAUAUGUGGGU